AAACACCGAAAAAACGUCAUUUUACUAUAGUCAAUAGAAAUCCUGGUCUGGAAAAGCUAUUGUUUCAAUCUUAUUUUAAAACCGUAUCUUGAAAAGUGCGUAAAAAGUAGUCACGUGAUCAAAUCUAGUGCAAAACAAAUUUUUAAAUGGCGUUUUCUGAAGAACUUUUUACAGGCGAAACGCUUGAUUAUAUAAUAAAUAUUAAUGCUGAUGAUGAAUUAAAUCCAGAUUUGCAAGAAUAUUUUGAUAAUGCAUUAUUAGAGGUAACCGAUAUUGGAGACUUCAAGUGCAAAAUUUGCAAAUCCAAAACGUAUAAAACAAAAGGAGGCUUAGCACGACACAAUAAAAACAAACAUACCAUAAAGAGUCUUACAGAUAUGCAUUAUAAUGAUUUUGUCACAGAUAUAAAAAAAAUUGUUGCAGAAACUAAAGCUGAUUUGUCAACAAAUAAAUGUUAUCCUCAAGAAGUUAUUUCAGAAAUAAAAGACUUUGAAAUAAAAAUAACAGAAAACUUUUUUGAUGAAAUAAGAAAAAUGUCAAAAAAAUUAAAAUCAUCUGGAAAUGCUGAAAAGUAUUAUUCCAACUUUUAUAGCAAUAUUGUUCUCUUUUCAGACACAUAUUUUAAUCUAAAGAAACCUGCAUCAACAGUAUUUACAACAAAGUUAUGCAAUAAAUUAUUUCAGCAUUUUCAAAGCUCUCCUUCAAAGAAUGUUGAAGUUGAAGAAAUUUCACCACGUGAAGUGGAUGGAUUAAAAUAUUUGUCUGGGUAUGUUAUAAGAAAUCUACUUAAAAAGGCAAAAACAACAAAAAAUUACAAAAGCCAGUACAAUCAAGCUAUAAUUGCAUUAUUACUUCAAACAACUAAAGAAGUUUCAAGUUCAGAAAAGUUAAUAAAUACCCAAAACAGAGGGGGUUUAACAGCAGUAUGUGAAGAAUGCUAUCAGAUUUUCUUGCUAGCUGAGAAACAUUUUAGACAAGAAACUGCAGUUGCUAACCUCCGAAAUAUUGAAAGUAAGAAUUUAACAAAACACCUAUUAAAGGAUCCUAAUAUUAUAAGUUUUUACAAUGCAAUCGUGCAUGAUGUGAAAUUCGUGUCUAUUGAUAAGGAAAUUAAGCUUAACUUGUUAGAAAAAAUGAUAGAACUUUAUUUUAGAGUUCGUACAUUUUCAUUGGCUAAAAAUAUAACUGCAAAAAACAAUGAUCAAAGUUUUAAAGUAAAAUCUUUAAGAAAAAGUAUAAAACGUAAAUCAAACAAUAAAUAAAGACUUAAACUUUAAACUUAAUACAAAUAAUUGAUAUAUU